CACUUGCUGGCGCUGGGCCUGAUGAUUGCGCCCUUAUGCUCAGUCUAAGGCUGGAAUCUGCGGCGACUCAGGAUACAUAUAUGGAAAUUACCGUUUCGGGUGAACUCAUCCCGAAAACUCGUGUCGCACGAUAAUUACUAUUGCCAGACCAAUCCAUCGUAAGUCGUCAAGUGCCGCCAGUUUGGCUCAAGGAAGCUAAUGCGCCUCAGAUGAAUUCAAGCAUCAAUUCACGUCCUUCGCGGGACACCAUGCGCGCAGAAUCUCCCUUGUCACUUCCACCGGCACCCGACGCUUUGCAACAAUCGGUCCGCUCAGUUUACCCCUCAAAGCCUGGUAGGUUAAUGUUUUCUGUGUCUCAGGCUGCGCGUGAUUCAAGACUAAUGGCCUCUCUAGACACGGAAAAGGAGGAGCUGCUAGUACAGGUGAAUACACUAAAGUAUGAGCUAGAGAAUUUCAAGCAAGAGAGGGAUUUGAUGGUCCUGCGUCAUGAGAAGGAACUACGGGAUUUGCAGCUCAAGGCAGAUUCGGACUUCCGAAAAGCUCAGGUUUGUUCAAUUCUUCAGUUACUACCUCACGUCUAUUCCACUGACCACGUUUUCGUCCCAUAGGCCGCAGAGAGUAACAGCCACCGGGCCACCCACAAGAGCGAGACCCUUGCGAAAGAGUUGAAAGAGACCCAAGACAAUGCCCUCAAUGAGAAAGCCGGCCUUGAGCGAAAGGUCAGAAGUCUUCAAGAUCAGAAUCAAUUACUCC